CUUUUUUUUUAUUGAUUAGAUGGGUGGACGAGCUCACAGCCCACCUGGUGUUAAGUGGUUACUGGAGUCCAUAGACAUCUACGACGUAAAUGAGCCACCCACCUUGAGAUAUAAGUUCUAAGGUCUCAAGUAUAGUUACAACGGCUGCCCCACCCUUCAAACCGAAAUGCAUUACUGCUUCACGGCAGAAAUAGGCAGGGUGGUGGUACCUACCCGCGCGGACUCACAAGAGGUCCUACCACCAGUAAUUACGCAAAUUAUAAUUUUGCGGGUUUCAUUACACGAUGUUAUUCCUUCACCGUGGAAGUCAAUUGUGAACAUUUGUUGAGUACAUAUUUCAUCAGAAAAAUUGGUACCCGCCUGAGAUUCGAACACCGUUGCAUCGCUCAACACGAAUGCACCGGACGUCUUAUCCGUUAGGCCACGACGACUGUCGUCCUGUUCAGUUUAACAAUAUUAUAAUAUAAUCUUCUGUAGUUUAAAUAGAAUAAUUAAAUAUUUACAACGUCAACGGAUUAUUAAAACAGCGCCCUUGAGCCAAAUAUUGUUGCCAAACUGGUCCCUGAAACGAUCACACGUAUUUGUAUAUACAUCUCGGUCGCAUCGCGACGCGCAUUGUGAGUCAGACUAAAAUCACGAAUAUUGUACCAUACAACAAACAUUCGAGCAAAAGCUGCGCGUACAGAAUGACGCCAGUGUAUAAACAUAAAAACAGCUAAUAAAUUACGAAUUGUAAGAGAAAAAAAUAAAAGUGCCAGUGCUGAUAGUAUUUGAGUGGAAAAUGGCAAACUCGUAUAACAUGAAAGAAUUCAGCUCCACUGCUGUGAUAACAGGAAAUGGAAUAUAUCCGUCGACUAUUUCGAUUAACACAAUAAAUCCAAAAAACAAAGACAAUGACGUAGAACUAAAUACAUAUGAUCCGUUUCAGAACAGGAAAUUGGAACAUCCUAAUUCUGAUGUCAGAUCAUUCGCAAACCUUUUGAAGUCAUCCCUCGGAUCAGGCAUCUUAGCUAUGCCGGCAGCGUUCAAGAAUGCAGGAACGAUUGUUGGCAUUUUCGGGACAAUUAUUUUGGGUUACAUUUGCACGCACUGCGUUUAUUUGUUGGUGAAAACAUCGCAAGAUGUAUCACGUGUAGCAAAAGUACCAUCGCUAGGAUAUGCUGAAACUGUAGAAGCGGUCUUCGCUACUGGUCCGCAAACAUUAAGAAAGUUUUCAAGAGCUUCACGGAUAUUUAUCGACUGGGCAAUGGCUUUUACUAUUCUUGGCGCUUGUGCUGUAUAUGUCAUUUUACUUGUGGAGUCAGUUCAGCAGAUCGUCGAUUAUUUCUACGCAGACAAUGGCAUCAACGAAACAAUGUACUGCCUUAUGUUCCUAGUACCCAUUCUUAUUUUCACUCAAAUAGAAAAUCUAAAGUACUUAGCUCCGUUUUCGGGAUUCGCCAAUAUUCUUCUGGUCCUCACUUUCUUGAUUUGCCUGUACUACAUUUGCAACGAAUUUCCCGAUCUUGAUUCUAGACCAACUUCAGUAAACAUCGGAAAUUUACCAUUAUUCAUUGGUACAGUUAUCUUCGCAAUGGAAGGAAUCGGAGUUGUACUACCGGUAGAAAAUACAAUGGCUAAACCUCAACACUUUCUAGGUUGUCCGGGGGUACUGAACUUAACCAUGAGCGUUGUGGUCUUACUAUAUAUGAUAAUGGGCUUCCUUGGAUACGUCAAGUACGGAGACCAAGCUAUGGGUAGUAUUACCCUGAAUUUAGAUACUGGUGAAAUACCAGCUCUAAUCGCAAAGAUCUUCAUAAUUCUAGCCAUAUUCUUCACCUAUACUCUACAGUUCUACGUACCUAUGGAGAUAGUAUGGCGAAAUACUAAAGAUCAUGUAGCGCAAAAAUACCAUAACAUCACGGAAGCAGUCAUGAGAGCGGUUUUUGCCGCUCUUACUGUGGUUGCGGCAGCGACGUUACCAAGUCUUGAACAAGUUAUAGGCCUAGAAGGAGCUUUCUUCUACUCCUUCCUUGGUCUCAUAGCCCCGUCCAUACUGGAUCUCAUUUUCAAGUGGGAACGAGGUCUUGGAAGAAACAAUUGGAUUUUAUUUAAGGAUUUAUUUCUAAUAUUUUUUGGCUGUUUCGUACUAGUGGCCGGUGUCACACAAAGCAUCAGAGAAAUAAUUAGGACUAGUUCUCAAUAAGUGCUAUUAGAAGCUACUUUUUAUUUUAAUUUAUUUACCAACUAAUACGACUUUGUAAAUAUUUUUAAAAAUUAAAUUAAUUAAUCAUUAA